AUGUCCCUGGAUGUGGGAGUUGUGCGGUGUCGCGACGUCAAGCUAGGGCAGUCGUCCUUCACGAGGAGCGCGGAAUUUGCGAACGCCGUCAAGAUGCCGUUGAACGCGGCGAGCAGCCGGAGAUCCAAUGGCUGUCGGCUGUCGCUGCGUGCAGCAAUGAUGGAGACGCCGCCGGUACCGAUGAAGAGCCACGAGGAGCGAAACCUGCCGCACAUCGAGCAGAUCAAGGCGCUGUCCCUCAUAACGGCCAUCAAGACGCCGUACCUCCCAGACGGCCGCUUCGACCUGGACGCGUACGACGAGCUGGUGCACCACCAGAUCGAGAACGGUGCAGAGGGGUUGAUCGUGGGCGGGACCACGGGCGAGGGGCACCUGAUGAGCUGGGACGAGCACGUGAUGCUGAUCGCGCACUCAGUGUACUGCUUCGGCAACAAGCUCAAGAUCGUGGGCAACACGGGCAGCAACAGCACUCGCGAGGCCAUGCAUGCGACCGAGCAGGGCUUCGCGGUGGGCAUGCACGCGGCGCUGCAAAUCAACCCGUACUACGGCAAGACGUCGCUGGACGGACUCAAGAGUCAUUUUGAUGUGGUGCUGCCCAUGGGCCCAGCCAUAGUGUACAACGUGCCGGGCAGAACGGGGCAGGACAUUCCUUCAUCAGUCAUCGAGGCCAUUGCCACGCACGAGAACUUUGCCGGGGUGAAGGAGUGCGCAGGCAAUGAGCGCAUCCACGGGUACGCGCAGAAGGGCAUUGUGGCAUGGAGCGGCAACGAUGACCAGUUCCAUGAUGCCAAGUGGAACCAUGGCGGGCAAGGCGUCAUCUCCGUCGUCAGCAAUCUCGUUCCAGGAAUUGUGAGCCAGCUUCUGAAGGGUCCAAACCCAGAGCUGAACGCAAAAAUUGCUCCUCUAGUGAACUGGCUAUUUGUGGAGCCGAACCCCAUCGGCCUCAACACCGCACUGUGCCAACUUGGGCUCGUCAGGCCUGUCUUCCGCCUGCCAUAUGUGCCGCUGCCUAAGGAGAGCCGGCAGAAGUUUGUGGACAUUGUUCAUGCGAUUGGGCUGGAGCACUUCCCAGGGGCUAAGGAUGUUCGGGUGAUGGAGGAUGACGAGUUCCAAAUCAUCACACGGUCCUUCCUGGAGCAUGGCGUGUUCGUGGUCUCACUCUCAACCUUGCCUCCGCCCGUCCAAUCACAUGCUGUGCGCAGGUUCUUUGUGGAGCAGGGCGUGUUCGCGCAGUUCAUCCGCAUCAUGGCGCUGGCCAAUCAGCCGUCGCCGCAGUGCGAGGGGGUCAUGGUGCAGCUGCUGCAGACGCUAAACCUCAUGAUCCAGAACCUCAAGAGCGAGAAGGCCAUCUACUACAUGUUCAGCAAGGAGCACAUCAACAACGUCAUCUCCUUCCCCUUUGACUUCUCCGACGAGGAGCUGCUCGCAUACUACAUCUCCUUCCUCAAAACGCUGAGCAUGAAGCUGGACAAAUCAACCAUCUCAUACUUCAUCGUGGAAAAGGAGGAUGGCAGCAGCGCCUUUCCCCUGUAUGUGGAGGCGAUCCGCUUUUUCCACCACGAGGAGAGCAUGGUCCGCAUCGCCGUGCGCACUCUCACCCUCACCAUCUACAAUGUGCAUGACGAGCGGGCCAACCGCUUUGUGCUGAGCCCGUCCGCCAUCCGGUACUUUGAGGACCUCGCCAUCUUCGUGCGCCAGCAGAGCUUCACCCUUGCUCGCCUCGUCGCGAAUGCUGUCAGGAACUUUGGGUCAAUAGUGGACGUGGGGCGGGUGGAGGCGUCAAUAGCGGAGAUAGGCGAUCUGCUCUACUACUGCAACGACGUCAUGAGUGCCGGUAUCCCUCAGCUCUCUGAGGUUGUCUCGGAGCACCUCCUCAGCAUCUGGGUCUUCCCUGUGCUGCUCGCCUCGCUCUCCCCCGAGUCUGGCUCGCCGAAUGCGAAGCGCAUCUCACCGCUGUGCGCCAUGUACCUGCUGUCGCGUGUGCUGCACGUGGUGACCUACCGCCCCUUCCUCGACACCGCCACCCGCUCCAUCGCCGCCUCCCUCUCCGCCAGCCCUGCUGGCUCCGACGGGGAUGGCGAGUUUGAGUUUGGGAAAGGGAGGAAGGGAGUUUCUAGUGGUGCUGCUGGUGCUGGUAGUGCGGCAACAGCAUUGGUAGGAGUAGCGGCUGCUGCGGCAGGCACAGCAGGAACAGCAACAGCAGGUCACAGGUUGUCUGAUACCCAUCACCUCUCUGCACGACCUCCGGUCCCCCCUCCUGCUCACCUUACAACCCCUGCUUCUGCUUCUGCUUCUGCUGCGCAAGGAAUAGUCUCCCCACCUUCUACUUCUGCAGCAGCAGCAGCGGCAGCAGAGGGGAGGGAUGGAGGGGCGAGUGCAGGAGUGGUGGCAGAAAGGGGAGAAUCCCCAGCAGCAGACAGGACAGAAGGGAAGAAGGCCAAGUGGCCGCUGUCAGCAAGACGUGGAAUCGCGGACUCACCUGGGGGUUCCUUCUCAGAGAGGCUGGAAGGGCGGGAGGGUAGAGAUGGGGGCAGUGAGGUAACAGGGGAGAGAGGGGGGGAGAGAACAGGGGAGUGCCAGGAAGAUGUAGCAGCAGCAACAGAUGCGCCGAACGGGUAUGUUGCUGGAAGGGAGGAGGCAGAAAGCAGGCAGGGGGGAGAUAAGAAUCGUGGGGCGGAUGGGAAUAGCAGUGGUGGUAGGAGUGGGGUUGUGCGGUCAGCAUCAGCACGAGACAGGCCAGCUCUGUCGGCUCGCAGGCACCUCAGGACCCACAGCAGUGGCAGCAACAGGACCCUUACCGACUCGCCCCAACGCAUCAAGAGCUCUGACUCCCCACAGCAAAUCAAGAGCUGUGAUUCCCCACAGCUGAAUGAGAGCUCGGAUGCGGUUCAGAGGAGCUUCAGCUCGCCCCUCAGGGGCUCGCUGUACAGGAUGCAGCGACAUGCCUCUGACACCAUCAUCCUCGACCUCGACCCCACUGCCAGCGCUUGGGACACGAUAGUUUCGUACCUGCUGUGCAACAACGAGCGGUGGGUGCUGGCGUCGCUCUGUGUGCUCUGCGGUCUGCUCCAGAACACAGCGGUGCACGACUCGUUAUUGGAGGAACUGGGCAUGCUGCCAUGCAACCGCCGCCACCGACGGCUCCUUGUGGAGGCUUUGGUGGGCAACCAAUCAGAGGAGCAGCUGAAGCGGCUGCUGAGGCGGCAGGACAGUGACGCAGUUGAAGGGGGUGAGCAGGCGGAGGCAGGGCGGGGAGGAGGAGGAACAGGGGGAGGCGCGGAGGAGGGCAGGGAGGCUGACAGGCUGUCACAUGGAGCAGCAGAGGCACCCUUGGGAUCAUCAGCAGACGCGGCUGUAGCACCUGCACCAGCAGCAGGUUCUGAUGCCGGCUCGGUGUCUGGAUCAUCUGUUGCAGCUAGGGCGGAGUUGAGAGGUGACAGUAGCGGGGCGUGUGGGUGUGGUGGGGCAGACACCCCGUCAUCAAAACAGCACAACAGAAAGAGACGACAGGUGGUGGACACGGUGUUUGUGCUGCUGUGCAAGAGACCGCCUCCCUCUCCUGAAGCCCUGUGGCACGCGGGCUGGCUGCUGCGCCAGCUGCUGCCUCCCAGCCAUCGCCUGCAGUCAGCACACAAGAAGCUGCUCACUCACGCGUAUGAGCUGGCGCGUGGUGAUUUGGUGGGGGAACUCUUGGACUGCUGGUGCGACAUGCUGCCUGCUGCCAUGGUGGAGGAGUGGAAGGCAUGCCGGAAAGCACUGGAAUCAGCCACGCUGGCCAACGACUCGUCUCUCGUCCUCAUGCCCAGCCUCCCUCCCCUCCUCACUGAUGGUGACUCGUCGUCAGCAGCGUUCGGCGAGAGAAUGCGCACCGUGGUCAAGGUGUAUGUGGCGCUGCAUCAGAUGAGAGCCACACUGCUCGGCCUGCCUCUCCCAGACGCCCCUCCUCUCGCCACGGCAGCCCCUCCCCUCCUCGACGCUAGGUUCGGCCGCAAGGGGCUCAAUCUGCCUCAGGCGCAGGAAGGCACCGAGGUGCCUCUAGAGCCGGGCGACGCCAUCCCAUGCCGGGUGGCCUUCGAGCGGGGUAAAGAGAAGCACGUGCUGCUGCUGGUGGCCUCCUGUGCGGCCAACGGCUGGGUGCUGCUGGCAGAGCCGCCUGCUGGAAUGACAGCCAAGGCUGCAGUGGCUGAGGGGGCCACAGGGAUCGUCCGUGUCGUUGCUCCCCUCGCAGGCUGCCAGCCGUCGCUGGACCCAAAGCACAAGCGCUGGCUGCAUCUGCGCAUCCGCUCGCCCCAGGCCCCAGCCUCCGAUGCUGGUACUCUCGCCUCGCGCUCCCCCAUGGGCUCACGAGCCCGCACCAAACGCUUGGCGGAUGGGCGGUGGACCUUGGCGUUUUCAGAUGAGGCUGCGUGCAAAUUUGCACAUCUAGCAGUGCGGGAGGAAUCAUAUGUGCAAGGGAACGCUUGCCAAGUUGUGGUCGGAGCAGCCACUGCUCUUGGCUUUUCGGACUCUUCUUCCGUGAAGGGCCUGAAGUCGCUCAAUGGCGCACGAUGCCAGUCUCGCGUCGUCGCCAUGGCCACCAAGAAGAAGGUCAACACCUACCUCGACGACUGGAGGAAGGAGUUCAUUGGGUACGGAAUCUUCGUCGAGGAUUCUGAGUCCGCUCCCGUGAACAUCGUGCAGCAGCUGGAGAAGAAGAAGCUUCUCUCGCAAGUCGAGAAGGCGGGUCUGCUCUCCAAGCUCGAGUCGUCCGGUCUCACGCUCUCCAAAAUCGAGGAGCUCGGCCUUCUAUCCAAGGCCGAGUCUCUCGGUCUGCUCAGCCUUGCCGAGAAAUUCGCCACCACCCCCGCCGGUACCUUCGCGUCUGCGUCCCUCCCGCUCCUCGUCGCCGCCAUUGCUGUGCCAGUAUUGGUCCCUGACGACAGCGCUGCUCUUGUGAUUGGCCAGCUCACAGUCGCUACUCUCCUGGCUCUCGCUAGCGUCACAUCUUUCACAUUGUCCAUCAUUCUCGGUAUCCUCCAAGAGUAG